AACAACACAAUUCCAUACGCCAACGCUUAUUAUUGAUUACUUAAAAAGAAAACCCUGUAAAUUCUCUAUCAAAUCGCCGACGUCGAUCUUUUGACCGCCGGCACUUCACGCUUUUUCUGCGGUACGAUCCUCAUCGCUACCAUCAUCGAUCUCUUUCCCGAUCAUUUUGUUCUCGUUUUGGUUUUUCUGUUGCUUUUUGUUUUCUAUCUAUGUAUGUUCAUUUAGUCGGUUGAAAUCCGAUGUUCCGAUGAAAUCCUAUUUUACCUACGAACAAGUAGAUCCUCUUAAAUAAACAAAUAAACAAAAAAAAAAUGCGUCUAACUGGUCCUGAAUCGAGUUUUAUUUGGGGUUUUGUGUUGUAAGUAUUAAUGGAUUAUACACACAUAGGCGUAUACAUAUGUUAUUUGUGUAUUUUUAUGUUAUGUGGAGAAUACUACAUAUAAUUUCCUCAAAUACGCUUGUUAAAACUUUUGGAUCUGCGUGUUAUGGAUACAAAAUAUUAAGGAAAUAGAGAGGCUGGUUGAUCACCAUUUUUCUUUUCUCUCGUUUCUGUUUCUGAGUUCUCCUUUUCGAUUUUCAUCUGUGAAGGACUUUAGGCUUUUUAUUUUUUUUUUAGGAUUUGAUUUAUUAUUUUAUCAGUGUGAGUGCUACAUUUUGGUGGACGAUUACGAUGAAUAUAAAUAGAUCAAUCAUACUUUGGUGGUUUCAUUUCUUUAUGGUCAUAGUUGAUUUGAUUUUCUUGACCUUCUAAGCUUCAAGCUAACAUCCAGUAUAAGCAUGAUAAAGCUUAUAAAUUAAGAUACACUAAUUUUUGAGUUAGGCUGUUAUGUCCAAACUGUGACAUUGGGUGCAAAUUGGGUGUGGGUUGGCUUGAGUGCAAUCAGAUAUGCAUCAGGUGCACACCCAAUUGAUAAGUAGACAACAACUACAUGGGUGUGUCUUGGGUGCAGGUGGGAUGUGGCUUGACUUGUUUUUUACAGGAUCCUGAAGUUGUCUAUAUAUGUAGAUACUUUCUUGAGCCUCACCCGAUUAUAGUAAAUUUUAGUUGGCAAAUCCAUGUAACAUGAUAUCUAGCGCAUCCGGCAUCCGCACCCAUUCCUUUCUUCCUAGCUUAUAGGUGUAUAUAAGUGGGCUCUCUCAUAGAAACUAAAAGAAAAGGUUGGCAUAAAAGGUACCUUGUAGCAAAAGGUGAAGUAAAGUUAUCUGUCAAAAAAGAUGAGGCAUAGACACUUGUCCAACUCGUUUACAAGAUUUGGAGUUGACCAACAGGAUAACAACCAUACGCCAGUGGAACACUCUUACUUUCCUACAGGAAGGGCAGAAAACGGUCCUUUUCUUGGUCAGAAUCAGAUGAAUCAUAUGUCAAGAGGUCACAGAAAUUUGGAAGGAGGCAGCAGCAGAGCAAACGAAUAUCCUCCUCCUCCUUCAUCAAACAUUAGCAUGGAAGUACAGCCGCCCUUUGUGCCACCUUUUCCGCAUCCAUCAAUCACUGGCGGACACCACGCUCAUUAUACUAAUUAUAAUCAUCUUCCAAACACACAUGAUAUGGAAUCUGGUCCGUUGAACCACCACCACCACCCAACACCCAAUGGAGUAGGAGGAGGAGGAGGGCCACUCAAAAGAAAAAGGGGCAAUCUCACAAUCGAUGGUCAAGAUUCAUCUAGGAGCGUGAGACGUAGAUAUAGACAUGAUGACAUGGAAUCAGAACCAUCUAGAAGUCAUGUCCCAAACCAUUUUUAUCGAUCGGCACCAGUACCACAUCCACCACCACCACCACCACCACCACCACCACCAAACUACUCCUCCACAGCCCCCCAUGUUCCUCAUUAUCCUGCUCCCUCCCACAUACGAGACAUGAGACAUGAGAUGAAUCAGUUUCAUGUUGGAGGAAGUUCUGGUGAUCCAGUUUUCAGCAGCAGCAGACAAAAUCUUCAUGUUCAUGCCAACAACCAUUCUCGCAGAAUUCACUCUUCAUAUAGUAGUGGUUCCAGGUACUCCCACUCCCACUAUGGACAUGCAUCAUCUUCAACAAAUGGGAAUGGGCUGCGGACCCAACCAGACAAUUUCUCUCCUAGAAACUCAAGGCAUUGGUCUCCAAAUGGGUGGCGGGGUAAUUACAGCCACAGGAGUGGAAGGCCGAGGAUAGCAGUUGAGAGAUUCCAUUCCGUUGUUGAUGUAACUGUAACGGAAUCCCAUGAUAGAAUUGGACAUGAGACCUUGAUGAUGGUGGAUCGGGGGGCAUCCUUGUAUGGCAAUUCCAGGAAUUUCUCGGAUCAGUAUAGAGAUUUGAGGCUAGACAUCGACAACAUGAGCUAUGAGGAACUGCUUAAUCUUGAGGAAAGGAUAGGGAGUGUUAACACAGGUUUGUCUGAGGACAGCAUGUCCAAGUGUUUAAGGGAAAAAGUUUACUAUUCUUCUUCAGACCAAAACCAAAGCCAUGAGGAGGUUUCUUGUCCUAUCUGUCUUGAAGAGUAUAAAAAUGGUGAUGCAAUUGGAAUGAUGGAAAGAUGUGGACAUGGUUAUCAUGUGGAUUGUAUCAAGAAGUGGCUGUUGAUGAAGAAGUUAUGCCCCAUUUGCAAAACCGAAUGCUCAAAUCAGUAGUCACCCACCCACCCCUUUUGCUUUGCUUUGCUUUCUCAUUCUGUAAAUAGAUGCCAUAUGCAUUAUGCAAUUAUGCAUUUUCUUGUACAGCAUGUAAUCUAAUUUCCUUAGCUUAAUUUUAGUUUUAUUGCUGUUGUUUUUAUUAGUUAGCACACCAGAAAACAAAAGCGUUUUACUGGUUUUCAUAUAUUAUUAGGGGUGUGUAAUGCAUGUAAGGAUUUGUCUUUUGUGUUGUGUGGUG